UCUCUCACUUGCAGAGUUCCACUUUGAGCGGCGAGCGCUCUCUCUACCUCUCGAGCUCUCUCAGGACUUAAAGUUCAGACCACAUUCCAGUAACAGUGUCCACAAAUGGGUGGCUCAGAAAAACAUGCCAAGAGCAACCAAAAUCCCCAGUCCAAGAAACUCAAUAACGACAAUGAUGAAGAGAACCACCACCUCCCAGAGACAACAGAACCUGAUUCUGAAUUGGUUCAAGCUGAAUAUUAUCCUACUCCAAGAAAAUGUGACCAAAACCCUGAACUGGGCCAAACUUCAUCAUAUGGUGAUUCAAGCAAGAAUAACGAUACCAGUAAUGUUAAUCUGAAACCGUCUGUGAGUACGGAUUUUGACAUGAAAAACUUGAAAUAUUACUCUGAGCAACAGUUGGAAGAAUUGCUUCAAAAGAAACUCGAAAUGAUUUAUAAUGAAGCUUAUGUGAGGUUAAUAUGUCAUGGCUAUUCACAUGAUGUUGUGCUGAAGGCGAUCUUGACAAAUGGACACGGGUUUGGUGACAUGGAUAUUUUGACAAACAUUGUGCAAAAUUCGCUUAAUUAUAUCAAAACUGGUUUUGUACUUGAUGAUGGAACUUAUAUACAAGGCCAACAGGUUUUUGGGGAUAUGAAGAUGUUGGUUAAAAAUUCGCUUGCGGUCAUGAUUUACUUGCUUCGCCAAGUUCGGCCCAACUUGAUCAAAAGAGAUGCCAUGCGGUGUCUCCUCAUGAGCAAUUUUCAUUUGGGGGUAUCCAGUACCAUAAAAGUACCAUUUUCGACAAAUGAGUGUGAGGAUCAGGUGGCUGAGGAUGACAGUUUAGUUAAUGCAUCUAUCGAGGUUUGUGAAGUUCAAAGUGAUCAGUUUUCUGGUGAUGGCCAGUCCGAUGAUUUAAGCAAAAAUGGUCCGUCAGAGGACCUUGGUUUUUGGUUAGAUAGAAAGUUUAAUGUUGUUAAGAGCUUAAAGCAUACACCAUCGUUGGAAGCUAUGUUGAAAAUGAACAUUGAAACUUUUGCAGCUGCUUGCCGUGCUACAGUUAAGAUGUCUCCAAAAAUGCAGGCCACAGAGACCUCCUUGCCAAGGAAAAAAUCAACUGAACCACUUGAAUGGGAGGACUCUUGUAUGGUUAACUUAAUUUUGGGUGGAUUUGGUGAUUUAAGGCUAAAUGAGCAGUCAGAGAGUGAAUCCCUCGAUCCUAAGAUUGAAAUCAUCUCAAGUUUAGUCCAGAAUAUUAAAGAUAUCAAGCAACAGGUGAAGGACCGAAAGGAGUGGGCUCAGAAGAAAGUGGUUCAAGCUGCUAAAAAGCUCAGCCAUGAUCUUUCAGAGAUCAAGAUGUUGAGAGUAGAGAAUGGAGGAGAACGGCAAGCAAAGAAUGACGAAGUGGAAGUUAAUAAGGAGGCCUUAAAGAAGCUUAUGCAACUGGAGAAUGCUCUGAGGAGGGCUGGUUGUCAAGCAGACCUUGCAAAACUAGCUAACAGAAAUAUUUCAGCAAAAAAUGCAGAAAUCAGAGCAGAGGUUGAGGCUUUUAAGUUGAGUGCAUCGGAGUCAGAUAAAAUGUGCAUGGAGGUUGGGAGGAGGGAAAAUAAGUGCUUGAAGAAAAUCUUGGCCUUGGAGAAACAGAACAACAAAUACCGGGAGGAGAUUGAAGAGGAGAAAAAGAAGUCCUCGCAUUUACAUCAGCAGUUGUUCGACCUCAAAAAGGCUCAGGAGGAAACUGAGGUGAUGUGGCGGCAGGAAGUAGAAGCUAAAGAGCUUGCCAUAGCCCAUGUGCAGGAAGAACAGAGAUUAAAGAAAGAAGUGGAGGUCGACAUAAAAAGAAAGCAUGGUGCCUUGCGGCAAAAGAUGGACCUAGAUUAUCAGCGUUGUAAAGAUGACAAGCUGCGACUUGAGCAGGAAAUAUCCUCUCUCCAAUUAUCUUUAGAUUCCAGCAAUCCAAAUCAUCUACAAGAUGUUUCUGCAAGACCUGAGGAAGAUACAGUUGGGGUGAUGCUUCCUGAUUUAAGUGAACUGCUAGAUUUUUCUGAGGAAGAAAUCGUCCAUGAUCGAAUAUGCUUGAUCUGUAUGGAAAAUGAAGUUUCUGUUGUUUUCCUGCCAUGUGCCCAUCAAGUUCUAUGUGCCAAUUGCACCGAGGAUCACUGCAAGAAUGCAGAAGCUAAGUGUCCAUGUUGCCAGGGCCCAAUUGCACAGAUAAUCCGUGUUUAUGGUACAAGCUUAUAGAUUCAGAUCAACAUAUUUCCUUGACUGGAACUCAAAAGACAAUAGUAAUAACCAAAAGGAAAAUGUGUGGACGGUGUCGCAAAUUAACGGUACAUCUUCCAGACUUCCAGUGGCAUAACAUUCAAGCAAUAAAAAUGUAAAAUGUGGGAGUAGUCCCUAUGUUUUGCUUCUUUCUAGCCUAGUUAUCCUGUUCUGUGCAAUGACUAUUAGCUCGUCUAGAGCCCGGUUUGAAUACAAGAAGUGUUUCAUUUUA